AUGAGCGACGACAAGGCGGACCUCUUGCGGUUCGCAACUGAGUAUGCGGACAAAAAUAUUGAUCUUUAUGAGCUCCUCGGAGUGGAUGCUCUCACCUCCAAAGAGGACAUUCGCAGAGCCUGGAGAAAAGCGUCGUUAAAGUAUCACCCCGACAAGAGAGGCGAGGAUUUUGAUGCUUCGAAAUGGGAGCUCUUCGAGAGGGCGAGGGACAUUUUGUCCGAUUCAGAUGCUCGCGCUGCAUACGACCAGUCCCUAAAAGCCAAGCUUCUGCGCAAACAAGAGCGCGAAGCAAUGGACAAGGAGCAUAAAAAAUUCGCCGACGAUCUGGAAGCUCGCGAAAAUGCUCAUAGGCAGCAAAAAGAGCAGCAGCAGCAGCGAGAUCAGGAAAAGUUAAACAAGGAGCGGGAGCGGCUGGCGGAAGAGCAACGGAUACAUGAAGAAGAGAAGAAGCGACAGGCUGAAGCGGCGCAGGAAAUGGAAGACUUGGCCGAGGCAAGGCGACGACUAAAGGAAAAGAAGGAGGAGAAAGCAAGGAGAAAGCAGGUCAAGGAGUCUCUAAAGGCCACAGGCGCCGUGAAAAAGCCGUCGGGGCCCGCAAACGGCGCCGUUAUCGUACCCGGCGAUUAUCUCGUAGAUGUCGGCACUGCGAAGAAGAUGUACUGGGAACUGGUGUGCGACAAGUUGCGAGCUGUUCAAGCAGUGAGAAACCUGCAGAAACUGGAUACGACGAAUGGCCAGGAGCUCGAGGAAGCCGAGAAGGAAAUGAGACAAGCGAGGCAGCGAAUCCAUGAGGCGGAGAUGAAGUUUCAACAA